CCUGAGUCAGGCAGAGGAGAGGAAGCAGGCGGAGAAGAAGCAGGAAAGGCAUCUGUUGGCAGAAAAGGGACCAGAUUCCUCUGAGGCAGAGAGGACUUCGUUGGACACCAGAGAGAGGCCACUGGGUGAAAGAAGGAUGCCGGCAAGACCUCCUCCUCCAUCUCUUCAUCCUGGUGGAGGGGAAGCAGCGGCUGAGGAACCGGAUCAGGGUCUAGUGUGCUUUGAAGACAUCACUGUUUGUUUCACGGCUGAGGAGUGGGCGUUGCUGGAUCCUGCCCAGAGAGCUCUGCAUAAGGAGGUUACAGAGGAGAAUCGUGGUAUCCUGGCCUCUCUCAGUGGUGAUGAAUUACAAAUUAAGAACCAGCAAAUGCAUGACAAAAUCCACACAGUGGAGAACCCCUAUCAAUAUGUAGAGUGUGGAGAGAGCUCUCAUUCCUUAUCCCAUCCAAGAAUUCCCACUGGGAAGAAAAAGCAUCAGUGCUUGGAAUGUGGGAAGAGCUUCCGUCAGAGGCCCAUCUCACAGCCCAUCAAAUGAGUCAUAAAGGAGAGAAACCUUAUCAGUGCUUGGAAUGUGGGAAGAGCUUCAGUAAGAAGGCCUAUGUCACUUCCCAUCAAAGAAUUCAUACAAGGGAGAAACCCUACCAGUGCUUGCACUGUGGGAAGAGCUUCAAUCAGAGGUCCCAUCUCACUAUCCAUGAGAGAAUUCAUACAAGGGAGAAACCAUAUCAGUGCUUGGAAUGUGGAAAGUGCUUCAGUCAGAGGUCCCAUCUCACUACCCAUCAAAUAAUUCAUACAGGGGAGAAACCUUAUCAGUGCUUGGAAUGUGGGAAGGGCUUCAGUUCAAAGGCCUAUGUCACUUCCCAUCAAAAAAUCCAUACAAGGGAGAAACCCUAUCAGUGCUUGCAUUGUGGAAAGAUUCACUCAGAAAGGAAGUCUCAUUUCCCAUCAAAUAAUUCAUACAAUGGAGAGACCGUAUAAAUGCUUGGAAUGUGGAAAGAGUUUUAGUCAGGAGUCCUUUCUCACUUCCCAUCAAAGAACUCACAGCAUGGAGAAUCAGAUUCCCCAAGAAUCAUUGGAUUGUUGCAUUGGAUUGGAUGGUGAGAGUCAUCUUCUCCAAGCCCCUGCAAUGAAGGAUAUUCAACAAAAAAAUUCAUGACAGAUGGCCAUCAAAUCUUUGGCCUUAAAAUCCUUCAAUUCAAGAAGAUACCAGCCCCACCUGUACUUGUUUGUUCCAGAGUCAAACAGUUCUUGCUGUAAGAAAGUUCUGCCUGAUGUUUCAUGAGAUUCUCUUACUUGUAUCUUGAAUUCAUUGGUGUGUCCUUCCACCAGAACAGAAAAAAGCAAGUUUGCUCACUCUUCCAU